UUUCCUAAUCUUCGAAUGUUAGAUCUCUCUUCCAAUGCCUUCACCGAAAACUUACCAACUGGUCUGUUUCAACAUCUGAAAGCUAUGAGGGCAAUUGAUCCAUCAAAGAAGGCACCAACACCAAGGUAUGGAUAUUACCAAGACUCAAUAGUUGUGGUAACAAAGGGAUUGGAGCUUGUAGUCGAGAGAAUCUUGUUUUUGUACACCACUAUCGAUCUUUCAAACAACAAAUUCAAAGGACAUAUUCCUAGUGGUAUAGGUGAUCUCAUCGCGCUUCGUGUGCUGAAUAUUUCUCAUAAUGGAUUCCAAGGUCAUAUACCAUCAUCACUUGGAAAUUUAUCUGUUGUCGAAUCAUUGGACCUUUCAUUUAACCAGCUUUCGGGAGAGAUACCACAACAACUCGCUUCUAUUACAUCUCUUGCAGUCUUAAAGCUCUCACACAAUCAUCUAGAAGGAUCAAUUCCGCAAUGUUUUGGCAACAUGAUUGGUCAUCUUGAGAUUCUUCAUAUGUAUCACAACAAUCUUUCUGCAGAGAUACCACAACACCUGGCUUCUCUAACGUCUCUUGAAUUCUUAAAUCUCUCCCACAAUCAUCUCGAUGGAUGCAUCCCUCAAGCGUUUUCAUCCCUCCCUUUUCUUGAGUAUCUUAAUCUUAGCAGGAACAAUUUAUUUGGCACCAUCCCACCUGAGAUUGGUUAUCUAACUAAUCUUGUCUAUCUUGACUUGCAUAUCAAUCACAUUUCAGGCUCAAUCCCACCACAAAUCGGCUCACUAGCCAAACUUCAGAUCAUCCGCUUAUUUGACAAUCAUUUAACCGGUCCUAUUCCAGAAACAAUAGGCUACCUAAGGUCUCUUACUAAGCUAUCGUUGAGUAUUAACUCUCUUACUGGUUCUAUUCCUGCUUCAUUGGGAAACUUGACGAACUUGUCUUUUUUGUUUCUUCAUGUUAAUCACCUUUCUGGAUCCAUUCCCGAAGAAAUAGGUUACCUAAGGUCUCUUACGCGUCUAGAUUUGAGGAAUAACUUUCUUAUUGGUUCUAUUCCUACUUCCCUUGGCAACUUGAAAAAUUUGCAAGUUCUGCUUCUCAAUGACAACAAUCUAAUUGAGGAAAUUCCUCCAUCUAUUUGCAAUUUGACAUCCCUGGCAAUCCUGUAUUUGUCGAGAAACAACUUGAAAGGAAAAAUUCUGCAAUGCUUAGGUAAUAUCAGUACCCUCCAGUUUGUAAUGAUGUCACAUAAUAAUCUCAGUGGAGAACUCCCUUCGUCUAUUUGCAAUCUAACAUCACUACAAAUUCUAAAUUUGGGUAGAAACAAUCUGAAGGGAGCAAUUCCGCAAUGUUUUGGCAACAUGAGUGGUCAUCUUGAGAUUCUUGAUAUGCAGCACAACAAUCUUUCUGGUACUUUUCAAAGAACUUUUAGCAUUGGAAAAACACUUAGAAGCUUCAAUUUGCAUGGCAAUAAGCUAGAGGGGAGAAUUCCACGAUCCUUGGCAAAUUGCCAACGAUUGGAAGUUCUUGAUUUAGGAGCUAAUCUCCUCAUUGACACAUUCCCGAUGUGGUUGGGGACUCUGCCAGAGCUACAAGUGUUAAGUUUGAGAUCCAACAAAUUGCAUGGACCCAUCAGAACUUCAAGGUUCAUGAAGAACUUGUUUCCUAAGCUUCGAAUCAUAGACCUCGCUGGCAAUGCAUUUACUGCAGAGUUACCUGCAAAUCUUUUUCAAAAUUUCGAAGCCAUGAAGAGAGCUGAUCAAACUGUGGAGGAUUCAACUAAUAAAGAAGGCGGUUAUUACCAAGACUCCGUAGCUGUCGUAACAAAGGGAUUGGAGCUUGAAGUUGAUUCAAUCUUGUCUUUGUACAUCACUAUUGAUUUUUCAAAUAACAGAUUUGAAGGACGCAUUCCAAGUAUUAUGGGAGAUCUUAUUGCACUUCACGUGUUGAAUUUAUCUCGUAAUGGAUUGCAAGGUCAUAUACCGCCAUCACUCGGAAAGUUGUCUUCAGUUGAAUCAUUGGACCUAUCAGCUAAUCAUCUCGAAGGGGAGAUACCUAAACAACUUACAUCUCUUACAUUUCUUGAAUUCUUGAAUCUCUCUCACAAUCAGCUCCAAGGAUGCAUCCCAACAGGACGCCAAUUUGAUACAUUCGAGAAGAACUCGUAUGAAGGUAAUGAUAAGUUACGUGGAUUUCCUAGUUUGGAAGGUUGUGGAAACAGCAGGUUUCCCAAGACAAACAACACGACACAUGAGCUGGAACAAGAAAGUGAUUCUACAUUUCUGAGUGAACUCAACUGGAAAGUGGUUCUUAUGGGAUAUGUGUGUGGACUUAUUGUUGGAUUCUCCAUAACAUAUUUAAUGCUUUCAGCUCGAAAUCCCGAUUGGCUUUCUAGGAUUGCUGAAGAACUAGAAUACAGAAUCCUUAUGAGAAGGCGGAAGAAGCAGCGAGGUUUUCAAAGGCACUAUAGAAGAUGAAAUUGUUGAGUCUAGCUAUAAGAGUUAAAUCUUAUAUCAGCAACUGAUCGAAUGCUCUACAAAGCAACCUCUUCAAAUUGAAUGAGUUGCAGCUUUCAUUUGCAAGACUCGUGCAUUGGCCCGAGAAACAAUAAAAGUUCCAUUUGUUGCUACAA